CAUUUCGGAGCAGCUGCAGGCCGUUUCGGAGCUGUCCCCCCGAAGGCUAUUUAAGGGCUGCGCGCCGAGAACGGAGCAUCAUUUGGUUUCGCUUGUGAACCAAGUUCUUUACUACACUACUCUCAAUCAUCAUGUCUGGACGCGGCAAAGGCGGUGGCAAGGUCAAGGGCAAGUCAAAGACCCGCUCCAACAGGGCCGGACUCCAGUUCCCCGUGGGCCGCAUCCACCGACUGCUGAGGAAGGGCAACUACGCCGAGCGCGUGGGAGCCGGUGCGCCGGUCUACCUGGCCGCCGUGAUGGAGUACUUGGCCGCUGAGGUGCUCGAGUUGGCCGGCAACGCCGCCCGCGACAACAAGAAGACGAGGAUCAUCCCCCGUCACCUCCAGCUGGCCAUCCGCAACGACGAGGAGCUGAACAAGCUCCUCUCCGGAGUCACGAUCGCCCAGGGUGGUGUGCUGCCCAACAUCCAGGCGGUUCUUUUGCCCAAGAAGACUGAGAAGAGCUCAUAAGUUCUUUCUUUUUUUGCUCGAACCUUACAAACAAUCGGCCCUUUUCAGGGCCAACAAAUAAUUCAAACGUUUUGGAAUAACUAUUCAAAUAUCAUUAUCAUUAUCAUCAAAUAUUAUUAAUAUUGCUCCAAUAAAAAGGCUAUUUAUAUGAUAGCUAUAUAGUUAGGUAUUAAUUAAAAAGUCGGAUUUUGCACUUCGAAAUAUAUAUAUAUAUUUCAAAUGGUUGGUAAACACAUACUUGGUGAAUAUAUGUAGUACUUGAUCAAUAUUUUAUAAUGAACUUCCUUUAUAGAAAUCUGAGCAGUUUAUUAGGUAAGCAGUACGAAUAAAGAGGUCGAUUUUAAAAA